AUGUACGAUCUUCGUUCUAGCGGAAUGCCAGCGCUUGCUCAAGAAGAGCGGUCAGGAUUGGCUGACAGGCGCGUUGGUGGAUCUCCUAAUUUUGAAGAUUUGCUAAUUUACGGGCGGAAUUCUAAGAUGCCGAAGAUACUAGCAUUGCAGGAUCCUGCCAAAUCCAAUUCUGUGCAUUGGGCUUCCAAGAGGUGCUUGCCUCGUUUUCGAUUUUGUUGGCAGCUGAACCCGGAAUUACCAUGGUUGCACUGCCACCUGGUCGGCUAUUUUUUGAUAUACAGAGUAUCUUGUGACCAAACACGCAUCAGCUUUGCAGAAAAGAUCUCCAAGGUCGAGGAGCGUUAA